AGGGAAUUACGUUGUCAGUAUACCUCGCCGGACCAGUAGCAGGACGUCACGCUUAUGGGGAACUCCACUACUAAGUACACCUUCAAUGGGGAUGUGGACCCCAAUAAUGGGAGGAAGAACCGCAAUAAUGAGAAAAUGGACAUCUCCAAACCUCCCCCUCCAUCCUUCAAUAGAAUGCCGCCAAAGUCUAAGGGGUGCAUGGACGACGUGGUAAAGUUCCUGUGGAACCCCAACACGAAGGAAUUCCUUGGACGCAAUGCCGUGUCUUGGGCCAAGAUCUUACUGUUCUACCUGGUCUUCUACUCAUUCCUGGCCGGCUUCUUCGCCGUGAUGAUGGCCGUCUUCUACCAGACUCUUGACACCCGCCACCAGCCCAAGUACACGGGCCACCAGUCCCUCCUCAAUACUCCCGGUUUAGGAGUGGUGCCAGGACUUCACGGGGAUGUCAUCACAUACCAGUCCUCCCAGGACACAUCAUCCAGAGAAUACGUUCGCAUCAUCAACCAACUCAUUGAAUCGUACGACAUCGUCAAUAGGGCCCAAGUCGACUACAAGAACUGCACCUCAGAUGACACACCGACCAAGAGAGAAGUGUGCAUUUUCGACUUGAACUUGUUGGGAAGCAGCUGUAGUAAGGAGGAUAACUGGGGAUAUACGACCAGUUCUCCUUGCAUCUUCCUCAAGCUUAACAAGAUGAUCAACUGGAAACCUGAGGCUCCCCGGAGCCUGCAGGACCUGCCGCUGGGUCUCCAGGAGUACAUCAACGCCACCCAAGAUCCUCUCCAAACUCUCUCAGAACACGUGUGGGUAUGGUGCGAGUCAGAGGACAGCCAGCUGGAGCAGCCAGCACCGGGCAUACCAUUAUACUACUUCCCUUACACCAACCAGGAGGGCUACCACCGUCCCCUAGUACCUGUCCGCAUCAACGCCACUCAAGACGGCGUGGUGGUAAACUGCCGAGCCUAUGGUCACAACAUCCAGCACAAGGUCAAUAAGCGCUUGGCAGGUGAGGUCAACCUCUACGUUAAAAUUGAGGCAUAGAACUGGACUCUUGAACUGUGUUUUCCUGCUACUCAGAUGAACAAAAUAUCAUACCACUCACGAUCCUACUCUUGUGCUUAGUUUGAAACUGUCUGAAAUCCUAUAUAUAUUUAAAAUAACUGCUAUGUUAAUUUUAAAACUUUUGACACAUCAGCCAUUACAUGCUCUAAUAAUUUAAAUAAAAUAUUGAUAAUUAUUCUAAUGUACAACAAAUAAAAUAAAUUUAUUUAAAAUUUACCUGUUCAUUGUGAUUAGUGUAAAUAAAAAUUUUUUGUGAGGAGUGAAAAUGUUGAGACUAUAACUGUAACAUGUUAAUUCCUUGUGGUGACAAUCUGUUCCAUGAGACUGUUAAGCAAGUCCCAGCUGUGUCCGGGUACAAGUGACAGGAUGAACAACCUAGUGGAGUGUCCUUCCUAUUGGGUGUUGUUGUUUGUACAUAUUUCUAUGGCGGUGUGUUCACUCACUGGAUGAGUAACGCUGCUAAAUAUACUCACCCUCCGGGGAUUUUGUGUUUUAAAUGACUGCAAUAUACUCCCACGCUUAUCACAUAAACUUUCAGCUCAUAAUUUGUGUAAACUUAAAAUUACUUUCCAUGAAUACCCAAUAAUAAACAUAUAUAAAUAUGAA